CACACACACACGGUUUGUGCGUUUUCAUGCUCAUGGUUGCAGCCUCUCCGACUAAAUUAGGUGACAGAAGGAGAAGCAAAACGGUCAGUUACACAAAUCUUCGCUGCCUCCCGCCUCCACUCCCCCUUCACCCCCCACCGUCUCCAGCGUUUAUUACCGCCUCCUCCUCCACAUGCAGCCGAGUGCUGGGCCCCGGCGGACCGGCUCCAGUCAUGUCGUGGACAGAUGCAGCCGCUGCCGCCGGUGACAGAGCCUCCGGGGGAGAGACAGGAGAUGUGUUGGAGGAGGGUUUUCAGACUCACUCUGUCUCUGUUUCCGGUCUGGUGACCAAAACUUCAGCUGCUGGCACAGCAUCCGGCAUGGAGCUGACCAGGAAGCGCAAGGGCAGCACCGACAAGGAAACAAAAUCAGUGUCAGUGCUGGAUGAGGACAUGGAGGAUGAUCAGGAAAGGUCAGAAGGUGAUGAUCCACACGUGAAAAUGAAAUGUUUCAGGGAACCUCACAGCCAAAUCGAGAAACGGCGGCGGGACAAGAUGAAUAACCUGAUCGACGAGCUGUCGGCCAUGAUACCCACAUGUAACCCGAUGUCCCGCAAGCUCGACAAACUCACUGUGCUGCGUAUGGCUGUGCAACACCUCAAGUCACUCAGAGGUGCGACCAGCUCCUUUGCCGAAGCCAAAUACAAGCCUUCAUUCCUUCCUGAUGAUGAACUCAAGCACCUUGUUCUCAGGGCUGUGGAUGGAUUCCUGUUUGUGGUUGGAUGUGACAGAGGGAAGAUAGUAUUUGUCUCAGAGUCUGUUUCGAAGAUUCUGCACUACACUCGGCCAGAGCUGAUAGGCCAAAGUUUGUUUGACUAUGUUCAUCCAAAGGACAUAGGAAAAGUAAAGGAGCAGCUCUCAGCCUCUGAACUGUACCCACGGGAACGCCUUAUAGACGCCAAAACUGGACUCCAGGUGCAAGCUGACCUGCCUGUAGGAGCCACUCGAAUGUGUUCAGGAGCACGUCGCUCUUUUUUCUGUCGAAUGAAGUGCAACAAAGUUGCCGUUAAAGAAGAAAAGGACUUCCAUGCCAGCUCGUCAAAAAAGAAAGAAUCACAGCGUUAUUGUACCGUGCACUGCACCGGCUAUAUGCGCACUUGGCCCACCAGUCAGCUCGGAGCGGAGGGAGAGGCCGAGGCAGAUAAGGAGAGCUCACACUUCAGCUGCCUUGUAGCCGUGGGCCGCGUGCACCCUCAUACUAUCCCCCAGGCCAACGGAGAGGUGAAGGUCAAGCCUACAGUGUUCAUCACUCGCUGUGCCAUGGAUGGCAAAUUCACAUUUGUGGAUCAACGAGCCACCACUAUACUUGGAUAUCUACCACAGGAGCUGUUAGGCACAUCCUGCUAUGAAUACUUUCAUCAGGACGAUUUGCCUCAUUUAGCAGACCGACACCGAAAAGUGUUGAGAAGUAAAGAAAAGAUCGAGACAAACUGCUACAAGUUCAAAACAAAAUACGGCUCUUUCGUCACCUUGCAAAGUCAGUGGUUUAGUUUUAUAAAUCCCUGGACCAAAGAAGUAGAAUAUAUAGUGUCAACAAACACGGUCAUAUCAGAUACGAGCCAUUCAAGCAGAUCAGUGGACAAGUCAGAACAGACGACAGAUUCCUCCAAAGCCUCCGAAGAUGAUGCGAAAAAAUCACUCCCCAUCAUCCCAGGUAUCUCGAAUGCUUCAGGCACCAUGAUUUAUGCUGGAAGCAUCGGGACACAAAUAGCUAAUGAGCUACUGGAUUUUAAUAGGAUGAACUCUUCCCCAUCUAGUGGCAAUGCCAGCCCCUUCAAUCUGCUGCAGGACAAAUCUCCACUGGUCCUUACUCAAGAUUGUAAUGUGCCAAAUGGGGACGUGACAGAAACUCAUGUGCCCAGCAAGUCCAGUACGGAGGAUGGCUCGCGCAGUGGACCCUUUACCGGAAGUGAAAAUGUCAUGGGGGGACCGUCUCAAUUGGAUCUCGAAGGGGUUCCAGGGCUAGGAAGUCUAAGCAGCGACGAAGCCGCCAUGGCAGUCAUAAUGAGCCUGCUGGAAACUGAUGCAAACCUGGGAGAUGGCGUGAACUUUGAUGAGAUGCGCUGGUCUCUUUAACUUCAGAGCUCCAAUGUAUUUUCUUGAGUUUUAUUAUUAUUAUCUUUUUUCUUUUGGUUAAGUCCUUUUUAUUAUCUGUUUGGAGUUUUUAACCUUCAUGGACCACUCGGGAUGUUUUUGCCCGUAGUUUCCACAUCAUUUGGCCAAAACAUUCUCUGUUUCAGCAAAUGGAAUAAUUUUUGGCAACGACCCUUAAUUUGACAUAUAUUUUGGAAAGAUGAUAUAAGAAUUUACAACAGGUCUUUAACAGAUUUAAUAUCCUAAUGUUAUGUUCAGGAUAAAAAUAUCCAUUAAGAUAAACUGUUUUAAAAAUAUAUCAGAUUAAUAUUUUAUACUUUAUUUUAUAUUCUUUUUUUUUUUUUUGCAUAAAUCUGUUAAUCUCAAUUCUGAUCAAAACUACUAAAUAUUUUUUAGAAAUCUAGGAUUUUGACUUUUUAAUUACCAGUUCUUUAGUGAUGUAACUGAUUUGGUGGGGAAACACAAAAGUGACUUAUUUUUUAUUUAAAAAGUGAUUGUGGACUGGAAUUUUAUUUUAUUUUUUUACCUUUUAUCACAGUCUUGGAUAUGCCUUAUUUUGCCCCAUUGUCUUUCCCAGGUCAAAGAUCACACCUCCAGGCAAAGGAUGUGGCGUGUCGCCCAAAUUUAAGUCCAUAUUUGGCCAUUUUUUUGGGCAUGUACUGUCGUAAUCUGCAUGGCAGAAGCUGCUCAUCUAUUCUUCAUGGUGCUUGUUGCUCUUCCCCAAUCAAAUGACAAAUGAUUAGUAACACAGUAUGCAAGUGUUUACAACAACUUACAUUGUUUUUGUUUAGUCUGGACUUCUCACCAUCAAAAGGCAGCAGGCACAUAAAUAUACACACACGCACACACACACACUAUAACAUGCUGAUAUACUACAUAGAACUCCAUAUAAAAAAGCCUCGUUAUAUUGGCAGUCAAUGAGGUAAAAACAACCACGAAGAGUAAAUGAGGGGGAAAAAAUUCAAUCUGAUGCUGCACAAAAACUAACAAUGCAUUAAAGCCAAUGUUGUUACUAAUCUUUUACAUCCAAGAGUGUGAUAAAAGGUAAAAUAAAUAAAUAAAUAUAAAUCCCCCCAAAUCAGUGACAUCACUAAUGGAAUUGACAAUUAAAUAAAUAUAUUUAGUAGUUUUGAUCAGAACUGAGGUUGAUUUAGGUCUGAUAAACAGAUUUAUGCAAAAAAAAAAAAAGUAACAAAAUAUAUAUAUAUUUAAUUUCAUCUAUUUAAUUUUUAAUCUCGAAAAUAAUAAUGAAAGGGUAUUGUUUUGGAACAAUUCAUGGGUUAAACAAACUUUAUCACUGGGCCUAAGAUCAUCUGGGCCUAAUUAUGUCUUCGAACUAUUUUCAAUCGGCUUUUAUAUAUAUAUAAUUGCUGUCCUGCAGUGUUCAUCAGUGCAAAGGAAAUAGAGAUAUAGAGAGAGCAAGAAAAGACACCUCCUUGGGUUUAUACCUUUAUCUUUAAAAACAGUGAAUAUUUUGCAGGAUUCAUCCUUAAAGGACAGAAAGCUGGUUAUUAUUCUCUUUGCCAGAAGUGAGCUUUCGAAGCCAAGCAUCAUGGAGGUGAAGAGGAAGGUUUGUGGUCGAAAUUUGUCGAAAACAUUGUUCUGAGAGAAUUAUACAGAAGCCCUGAGCCCUUAAAGUUGUAAGUGCCAUGUCAUUAUUUAGACAUAAUACCUAAUUAUUUUGCUUAUUUUUUAGUGAUUUUAACAUAUUACUUCAUAAUUUUGAUGUUAUGUUUAACACCCAAAGGUCUAUCAAUACCAUUAAUUUACAAAUGGUAUACAGCAGUCAGACUUGCUUCAUUAAUUUGACAAGCGCCAUUCCAAGGUUCUGGUGUUUUUGUAUAACACCGGUCUAUUUCACUCUGCUCAUCUAAGUUCACCACCUGAAAUUCAUUGUGGCUGAAUCAACGCAUCAUUCUGAUAUUCGUAUAGUACUAAUGCUCGAGUGAGCAGAAAAAAGAUCAAUCCUUAUUCAAGAUUAUUAUUUUGACUUAUUUAUAUGGAUUCAUUUUAUAUCAAUGUGUUAGUUAGUGUUUUAUUUGUAUUUAUUUUUUAUUUAUGCACUCAGUUUAUAAUUAUUUUAGUUUUUUUUUUUUUUUGGUCUUGAUCAUUUAUUACUUUAUUUUUGUUGUUUAUUAAUUUGGACGUCAUAUACACUCAAAACCUCCAAUCUAUUAACAGGAAAAAAAGAGAUUCAUUAAUUGAAUAUUAAUUAGCAUGUAAUUCCUAUACAUUUUAGUAAUUCUUACCUGUUGACACGAACAAUUAUGUAAGUGUGUGCAGGUAUAGUAAAGCUAACUUAAGUUAUUAUGCCCUUGUUUCAAAUUAUUAUCUUAAGUUGAAAUAACUAGGUAUAAGUUUAACAUAAUGGCAUAGCAUGCUAAACAGCGCUCCCAACACACACACACAGCUUGUAGUUCAGGGCUUCUGAGGAGUUAACAUUUGAUGCUUGAAUUCUAAAACAUUUUCAAGGUUUUGGAUUUUUUUAUUUUUGUUUUUUUUUUUUGUCUUAAAGAUGAUGCAUGUUUCAUUUGACAUUGGUUCAACCUUGAUCCACAUCUAUAGUUCUUAAUGAUGCUUUCAUGGCAUGAAAAGCUAGCUGAGCGGAUCUAAGCAGAGUAGAACAGUGACAGAGCCAUAUUACAUAUGUCCUUUUUUUCAGAAAGUAUUCUCUGGUAAACUAUGUCACCGUAAAGUAUUUAAAACAUGAAGAUGAUAUCCAAAUUAAUCCACAACACUCAGGGAGCAACUGACUGGCUUAUUUUCUUUUUCCACUCACCUUGUACAGUAUUUAGCUAUAGGUUGUUGUUUUUGUUUCUUUGUUUUUAUUUUGGAGAGAAUCACUCACAGGAAUCUAUUACAGAGAUUGUUUUCUGUACGGUGAAUGAUGCGCAUUAUAAACCUUAAGAGGCACACUUUAUUCUCCACCUGCUGAGAUUUCCAACAUUGCUCCCUUUUGGACACAAUGAAUUUCUAGACACUUUAAUGUGACUCUUGUGUACAUGAAGCUGAAUGUGACGAGUUAAUUAUGUGACAAUGAGCCAUAUUGGUUAGCUAUUAUGCCUGUCUAGUGUAAACUGCCACCACACUAGUUUGGUUUGAUAUAAACAAUUUAAAAAAAAAUAAUUUUUUCAAGUAUUAAUGGUGACAUAUUACAAAAUAUAUAGCUCUUCAGACAAGAUAUUAAACAACAUAAGGGUCUAACACAUGGACCCCUGAAUGGAUGAAUACCACAGACCACCAUUCCCUGGGAUGUUUGAGGGUUUGGUUUUGGUCAUUUGGGGCCUUAAGCAUAAAACAGCUGUUUACUCGACCCAUACAAACAAGCAGUGAGCUGUGAUACAUGUGCCAUAUGUGAAUGGUGAAAAAAAAAUUGUUUUUGAGUUGCUGUUUUUUUUUUUAUUAUUAGGAUCUACGUACUGUAUGCAUUCACCCCUAGCAUAGGGUCACUGUCUUUCAGUGUGAAUAUGUGCUAUAUGCACUGGCACUAAGCAAAAAAUUAGUACUGUACUUAGAGUAGAACCACAGCCAUAACACCUACUACUUCAGUCCUAGUUAGAUUCAAAUAGCCUGCAUAGAAACAUGCUAUAUAUAUGUUGUUGAACUUCUAGUGAUAUUCAUGCAUGCUGGCCUUUUGGAGUUAAUUUUUUUUUUUGCUUGUCUGUUUUUUGUUUUUGUUUUUUUUUUACUUUUUUUUAGUAUUGGAUAAAGUUAAUGUUUUGCCUUAUGUUAUUGACUCAAAUGUUUUGUCAUUUUGAUGUUUUUUCCUUGCUUAUGUUUUGGAGAUUGGUGAUUAGUUCACCUAAGACUGUUCCACUGGGGACACUUGUAGUUCCUCCUUCCAUGAACUGCUUGUGAGGGGAAUGUGGUUGGACGUGGGACAUGAAUCACUCUGUACAAGUCUCCUGGAAAAAAUAAUAAUAAUAAAGAAGAGGCUGUCGGAAAAGAAGAGGAUUUCAUCAAGGCCACAUUCGAAAUAUUAUCAUCAUUCUGUGUUUUAUACUUAUGAUGCCAUGGCUGCUGCUGUGAACAGGCCUGGUUCAUGACAGAGAAGCUGUCUAUAUCUAGGCUAUCAUGUACAAAAUGACUUCAAUAAAUAUUAGUUUAAUUUACAUUUGAAUCAUCUUUCUCAUUGAAUUAUAUUAUAAAGAUGUGUAUUUCCCAUUUUAAA